AUGCUACUAGCAACCCCGUAUUCUAUUCAUACGCUCACUGGGGACAUGGCCAUGGACCCUUGCUGGCCAUCUGACUUUGUAAUACGAACCGAACAACCAGCCGCCUAUGAGUGUAUCCUCCACGUGCCUUCCCACGAAACGUUGCACACCGAGUCGUCUCGCCUCCAAGCUGUUACCUCAAGCCACUUUUCGCCAAAGGUCUUCGCGGUCAUGCAUGUUGGGGGUGCACAGCGUCGCCAGUUAUAG